GACUCGUGUGUGAGUCACAUUGAUUAGCCACUACUGCAUAUCAACAAGAGGUUGCCUUUGCGAGGAGGGGAUUUCAGAUCUUCUUUUGUCAUCGUCGUUAAUUUUGAGGAAAAUAGAAAUAGGAUCGGAAGUCAGUUCAGCCCCAUUUUCGCUGCCAUAUGGUAUGGUAGGGAUGCUCGUGAUGUAGCCAGAGCAGACUCUAGAUUUGUGUUCUCUCUGGAAGAUUGGGAAGUGAAACAGGAAGCAUGCCUCCCCCGGGGCCUGCUGAUCAGAUUCAUAUUAAAGUAACCACACCAGCUUUGAUCGGAAUAUGCCUGGGCAGCGCUCUGUUCCUGGUUACUCUAGCAGCAGUCACCUGUUUCUGCUACAGACGCAGAUCGUCAGCAGGUGCCUCACAGAAGCUAACCUCAGUGUUAAAGAAAAACCAUCACCCGGAUAAACCAUUAGUUUUGAGAAAGCCGAGCGCCGUCAAGAGCCCCAGCAGCGGAUCUGUAGGUGGAGGGCUGAAGAAGAACACUAGUCCGACACUGCAGAAAGUGUCGCCACCAGGAAGCACCAGGACAUCCCCCAACGGAGGGGGACACAAAUCCCCAACCAGUGCCGAGAAAUGCAUCGUGAGUUUGACGAAUUCUUCUUCCAACCACUCUUCGCGGCAGAACUCUCCGAACAUCGAGGACAAGAGCUACAUAGAUAGCGAAAAUGAGAAACUGAAGAACAACCUGAAAAGAGAAGACGUGGAAGACAAUAAGGAGAAGGAAGUACUUGUGGAGAAGCAGUGUAAGCUGGGCCAGCUGCAUUUCAGGCUAAAAUACAACGCAGAAAAGCUCUCUCUUCAAGUGACCAUCGUCCGCUGCUGCGAUCUUCCGGCGAAGGACAGCAACAACGGCUCUUCUGACCCCUACGUGAAACUUCAGCUCCUACCAGAGAAGCAGCACAAAGUGAAAACCAGGGUGCUUCGCAAAACGUUGGACCCGGUGUACGACGAAGAUUUCACGUUUUACGGCAUAAACCCAAACCAGCUGCAAGCCACUACAUUGCACUUCGUAGUCCUCAGCUUCGACAGGUAUUCGAGGGAUGACGUCAUUGGAGAAGUCAUAUGCCCCCUGUCCAGCGUGGAUUUAGAAGAAUUGGCAAAGCAGUUAGAGCUGGCCAAAGAAAUUACCCCAAGAAAUCUCAAAAUUCGCUACCAAGGUAGGGGUGAGCUUCUAGUAUCUCUCUGUUAUCAACCAGCAGCUAACAGGCUCACAGUUGUAGUUUUGAAAGCUCGUAACCUACCGAAAAUGGACUUCGCUGGCCUAUGUGAUCCGUAUGUAAAGAUUUACCUUCUGUACAACAACCAAAGGAUCGCUAAAAAGAAAACCCAUGUAAAGAAACGCACCACCAACCCAGUCUUCAACGAGUCUUUCGUGUUCGAGGUCCCUUACAAUGAAGGCCUGGAGAAUAUUAGCCUGGAGUUCCUGGUUCUGGACUGGGAUCGAGUCACUAAAAACGAAGUCAUAGGAAGGCUCGAGCUGGGGCCCAAAACCGGGGGCCCCGCACAGCAGCAUUGGCACGAAGUGCGCAAUGCCCCACGUCGCCAGAUCGCAGAGUGGCACAAGCUGAAAGAAUGAGUUAAGAUAGGAUGUAUAUGUGUAUAUAUGUAAGAUGUAAGUGGUGCACUUUUGGCCUUACUCCUUUUGGAUGAACUUAUUCGGAAGGUUCUCGGUUGGGUAACGAAAAUUAUUUUUGGAUCAAUUCUGAUUUUUAAAAUUGGUUAGAAUUAGACUUUCAGCAGAAGUUAAUGGGUUAAGACAGCAAAUGGAAUUGUUAAAUAGGUUACCAAAAUAAAAUCUUUUUUCAUUCUCAUAGAAGUUUGAAGCAUAAAAGAGAUUAUAUUAACUUUUAAUUAGAAGUAAAAAAAAAAAAAAGAAAAA